AUGGCAGAAGACCGCGAAAAUUCAAGCGAACACUUCACAUUGGGAGAUAUUAAUCGACAGGAACUUCAAAAGAAAACUUUAUAUGAGCUGAAGGAAAUUCUGAAACAGUCUGGUCAAAAAGUUAGCGGGAAAAAGAGCGAUCUGGUAGAAAGAAUUUGUGGCGUCUUGGCGUCGAGCACAUGUGACACUCCAUCGACUUCAAAGACAGCAGAAGCGCAGUUUUUAGAACUAUCUGCUCCACACAAGAGCAAAGACAAUGACUUAAGCUAUGAUACUCUAAUUAGAGAUGUCAAAGGGAACAAUCUGUGGCAGAAGGACUUGAGAAAUUUGCCAGCGUUUGACUUUGUCCGUCUAUACGACUACUUGGUCAUACAAACAAACAAGUAUGAUCACAUCGCUCUGAAGACUAGUGGCUAUAAGAAAUUGAAAGCUUUCCAGUUUUUUGCCGAAGGUCAUAUCAAAGAUUUGGAGCUUGCAGAAGUUGGAGGACUUGUCUACAUCAAAGGAGAAGUUUUGGCUUCUAUGAAGCAAACAAAAUACUCAGUCGCAAUAGUAUUUUCAAACAAAGGCGAAGUACUGAGGGCUGCUUGUAAGUGCCCUGCAGGGUUAGGUUCUGGUGGCCAUGGCCAAUGCAACCAUGUUGGUGGUAUUCUCUUUGCCAUCGAAGACUUCAACAGACAGGGACUACAAAAUCGCAGUGAACCAGUUACAUGUACUUCAAGGCUGUGUGCAUGGAAUGUGCCAAGAAAUAGUAAAGUGGCUGCAAAACCUGUUGAUGACAUCAACAUUGUGAAGUACAGAUAUGGAAAGGACAACAGAACUUCUGUUAAAUCAAGUGUGUAUGAUCCAAGAGCCCCAUGUGAUAGAGUGCUCAAUAAAGCAAAAUUAAACUCUAUGCUUGUGAAACUUAGCCAGCACUUACCAAGUAGCUCUCUUUUUCUAUUUCAUGAUAUCAAGCCAAGCCUGGACAGUCAAAAUGUUAUUGUUGACAGUACAUGUGAAUGUGUACCACUUAAGGUGGGACUUAACCUAAAAUUUGACUACAAAAUGCAAUUUUUGUUUUUGGAGAAAUCUGAAACUUCAGGCAUAGAAGAAAGCCAUGACAUGAGUUUUUAA